AUGAAUUCUGAUAGCCAUCAAGAGUGGAAGAAAUAUUUUGAGGGUGCAGAAUGUAGCAUCUUUGAUGUAAUCCACAAUGCAAUUGAUGUGGCUGCUUUAGAUUAUCCCAAAAUGUUCAGGCACCGAAGGAGUAAGAUUAUGGAGAAACUUUAUUCUGUUCUUCAAGUCUGUGAAACCUACCAUUACUCAAAUAAUAAUGUUAAGGGUGACAAAAUUGAAUGUGCUAAUAGUAAUAAGCUUCGUGAUGGAGGGAAUAAUAAUGAUAAGGUUGGGGAUACAAAGGUAAUUGGAUUUAACCAAAAUACUAGCAACUACACCAUUGAAGAAACUGAGGAAUUGGGUAAUAGGAUUGAGGAUGAGUACCAUAAUAUUAGGCAUAUUUUGGAGAUUAAGGAGAGACUUUACAACCAUCACAAAGAGACAGAGACAGAGAUAAUAAAUUUGUUAAGGGUGCUGUCAUUGAUUGUUCAAUCAGUUGGAGAGAUACAUGCUACAAAUAUUAGACCUACAGUGAAUGUUCUUCAAUAUCACUGGUCAAGGAAGGUUACUGAAGCAGCAAGGAAGACUACUAAGUAUGAGUCAUGUCACCUUUGUCCUUGCAACCUUAUUAUCUGA